AUGAAGAAGGUCCUGAUGUCGCGGGACCAGGACAUGACUCUCAUCCAGGAUCUGCGUGAGGAGGUUGACAAGAUAAAGACAACACAGCUCCUCAUGGAAGGAGACAUAAAGAAGCUUAAGGAGUCUCUUGCCUUAGAUCAGGAGCUGAGACAGCAAAUGGAAGCCAAGUUUUUGGAGAUCCAAAAAGACUUUGAGAAACUCAACUUUACAUCAAAGAGCCUCCAAAAGGACUCUCAACAAAAGCAGAGGGAUAUUGAGCUGGAUCGCCUGGAGCUGAAGACUUUCCGCAAACACCUGGAGGAGUCCUGGAACAGGAACAUGGAGGAUCUCGAGAAUAGGUUGAGGCGUGAAAACGCCGCUGGGAUUAAGAAGUAUCCCGAGACACUGCCGUAUUUGCAGCCAAUGCCCCCCAGCAAGGAGCCACAGCACAGCCAAAGAGCUCUGGCGACCAUCAGAGCAGCAGUUUCAAACUGCCACCAGUUCAGGAUUCUCCCCGUUCUUCGCGAGGAAUUUGGUGGGAUAAAGGCAGAACUCUCCCGCAUAUCAGAGGACAUGAAGAAGUUCCAGGAGGCACAGACCCUGAUGGUUUCCCAGCAUCAGGAGGAGAUUGAAAAGUUAAAGGCUGGCCAGCGUCAUGUGUCGGAGGAAAUGAAGAAGGUCCUGAUGUCGCGGGACCAGGACAUGACUCUCAUCCAGGAUCUGCGUGAGGAGGUUGACAAGAUAAAGACAACACAGCUCCUCAUGGAAGGAGACAUAAAGAAGCUUAAGGAGUCUCUUGCCUUAGAUCAGGAGCUGAGACAGCAAAUGGAAGCCAAGUUUUUGGAGAUCCAAAAAGACUUUGAGAAACUCAACUUUACAUCAAAGAGCCUCCAAAAGGACUCUCAACAAAAGCAGAGGGAUAUUGAGCUGGAUCGCCUGGAGCUGAAGACUUUCCGCAAACACCUGGAGGAGUCCUGGAACAGGAACAUGGAGGAUCUCGAGAAUAGGUUGAGGCGUGAAAACGCCGCUGGGAUUAAGAAGUAUCCCGAGACACUGCCGUAUUUGCAGCCAAUGCCCCCCAGCAAGGAGCCACAGCACAGCCAAAGAGCUCUGGCGACCAUCAGAGCAGCAGUUUCAAACUGCCACCAGUUCAGGAUUCUCCCCGUUCUUCGCGAGGAAUUUGGUGGGAUAAAGGCAGAACUCUCCCGCAUAUCAGAGGACAUGAAGAAGUUCCAGGAGGCACAGACCCUGAUGGUUUCCCAGCAUCAGGAGGAGAUUGAAAAGUUAAAGGCUGGCCAGCGUCAUGUGUCGGAGGAAAUGAAGAAGGUCCUGAUGUCGCGGGACCAGGACAUGACUCUCAUCCAGGAUCUGCGUGAGGAGGUUGACAAGAUAAAGACAACACAGCUCCUCAUGGAAGGAGACAUAAAGAAGCUUAAGGAGUCUCUUGCCUUAGAUCAGGAGCUGAGACAGCAAAUGGAAGCCAAGUUUUUGGAGAUCCAAAAAGACUUUGAGAAACUCAACUUUACAUCAAAGAGCCUCCAAAAGGACUCUCAACAAAAGCAGAGGGAUAUUGAGCUGGAUCGCCUGGAGCUGAAGACUUUCCGCAAACACCUGGAGAAGUCCUGGAACAGGAACAUGGAGGCUCUCGAGAAUAGGUUGAGGCGUGAAAACGCCGCUGGGAUUAAGAAGUAUCCCGAGACACUGCCGUAUUUGCAGCCAAUGCCCCCCAGCAAGGAGCCACAGCACAGCCAAAGGAGGCCAGUGGUCCGUGGCGGUGGCUCCCAUGUGCCACCGAGCUCUGGCAACCAUCAGAGCAGCAGUUUCAAACUGCCACCUGUUCAGGAUUCUCCCCGUACGAGUGCAUUUCUGCAGGGACUCGUGACCCGCCCCAACAAGGUUCUUCGCGAGGAAUUUGGUGGGAUAAAGGCAGAACUCUCCCGCAUAUCAGAGGACAUGAAGAAGUUCAAAGAGGCACAGACCCUGAUGGUUUCCCAGCAUCAGGAGGAGAUUGAAAAGUUAAAGGCUGGCCAGCGUCAUGUGUCGGAGGAAAUGAAGAAGGUCCUGAUGUCGCGGGACCAGGACAUGACUCUCAUCCAGGAUCUGCGUGAGGAGGUUGACAAGAUAAAGACAACACAGCUCCUCAUGGAAGGAGACAUAAAGAAGCUUAAGGAGUCUCUUGCCUUAAUGAAGAAGCUGGAGGAAGACCUUAAAAAGCUGAGGCAGGAUAUAGCCAAGUGGAAAGAAGAGAGCAGUAAGGAGAUCUCUCAGCAAAUUGAGUAA